AUGGAAGCGCUCGAUGAAGAAAAACAACCUACAUGCAAUUCGAACAAGCCUACAAAACUCAAAUCAUCAGAAAAUAUUAAAAAGCUUAAAGAACGGAUCAUUCAAACCAAUCAAUUACUAAACCUUUUUAAAACAAAAGAAAAAGAACUUGCUCAACAUAAAGAAAGUAUUGCAUGGCUAGAACUAAAUCAAACAAAAUCAAAAACGCAGCUAGCGUUAUUAAACAAGGAAAUUGAAGUUUUUCGUAAAGCCGCCCAGCAAUUUCGCACUGAAGCUGAAAAUUUAAAGCAGGAUUUGGAUCAAAAAGAUGCCAAGUUAAAAGAUCAAUCUGCAAUGACGGUUGAAAUUAAACGACUUCGAUCCGAAAAUGACAAAUUAGGAAAACGAGUAAAAUCACUUGAGGUUUUAAAGGACCAAUUGGAAUUUAAAGUACAAGAAAGUGAUGCUACAAACGAUAUACGAGAAAAUCAAAAAAAAGAAAUUUCUCGAUUGAAAAAAGAACUCGAAAAGAAAGACGAAUUAUUCAAAAAAAACCAAUCUGCCAAAGAAAUAUUAGAUGCAAAGGUUAAAAGACUUCAAAAAGAAGUUGAUAAUUUAAAUGAAUUAUUGCUCGAAUAUAAAUCUGAAACAAAUACACUAAGAGACGAAAAAAAUGAAAAAGACACAAUUAUCGAGUCUUUAAAUCAACAAUUAGAAGAUUUAAAUCACCAAGCAACAAAUGCAGAUAAACUGGUGAAGGAUAUUAAUGAGCUCAAAAUUCAAAUACAAGCCUCUCAUGAUGAAAAUAUAAAAAAACAGCAAGAGUGUAGUCAGCAUUCUAAAGCGUUGUGCAAGCUCAAGAGGCAAAACGCCAGUAUUGAAGAGUUGAAACGUAAAAAUCUUGAUCUUCAAAAUAAACUACAAGAAGCUCACAAACAAAUGUCAAACACAUAUGGUGAAAAUGACAUGCCUGGCAAAGUCGUACAUGAAGAAGAUAAUAAUACUAGUCAACAUAUUAUUUUGUUGGUAAAAGAAAUACGAUCAUUGAAAGAAGAUAUAAAAAAAUUAGAAACACAGAAGAGAGCUUUACAAGACCUCGUAACAUCACAACAAGUAGAGAUUUUACAGCUACAGACAUCUAGAAAAUCAGACGCACUUGCACGCGUCAAUGCCAUAGAGGCGCUGUACAAUAAAUCAUCUAGUGCAAUCUUGCAAGAUCAACCAUUUCAAUCAUCUAUUCAUGAUGUAACUAUGUCCCAUAUUACCGACAAUACGAAAAUUGGUUCAAUGCCUUCAACAGUUGCAGAUACCAAAAAUUUAAUAUCGCAGGUAAAAGAAAUAAAUCGAACGAUCCCUACACAAAAUAAGGCAAACCAAAUAAAAAAGAAAUCAAUUAAUCAGUCCACAGUAGAACCAAAGUUAACCACAGAAAAAAGUCGAGGAAAAAAAAGGAAGAACCUUGACGAAGAUAUAUCAUCAGCAAAUAUAAGUACUGAUAUUAAAGUGGAAUUACUAAAAAGGAGAAAAACCGUUAAUAAACUUAAAUCUAAACAGAAAGCAACCGAAAUAUUAAGUCAUAUUGAUGAUUUGACUUUCAUAAAAGAAAAAUUGUUUGAUUUUGGAUGUCCCUCUCAAGAAGCGAUUCGGUCAAUUGACGUACUUCACCAAUUUGUAUUCGAGAAAAGUCCUGUUCUUUUUCAAGCAGUUGAUGAAUUACUUCAUCACAUAGACACGCCUUUGUAUCUAGGCGAUAUUGAUAAUAACGACCAAUUAAAAUUUUAUGCACGAGUAAAUUCUCUUUCCGUACAGCUACCCGCAGUAUUACCUUCAAAAGAAACAAAUGUAAUACUAUUUUUAUGGCUCUUAUUUGUCGAGUUUCCAGCGAGCAAAUUGGUCGACAAGAUGUUACUUUGGGCCAGUGAAAAAAUUAUGGUCUCUGGAAUUUCGGGAGAGUCACUUGAUUUAGCAUAUUUGUGCCGUCUAUAUCGUAUAUUCAUUGCAUUUUGCAGAAUUAUUAAUGAUAUUCAGCGAGCUCGCAUCUUAUGUUAUGACAUUAUACGUGAAAAAACAAAUAAUGACUCAGUUCAUUAUUUCAUGGAAAAUACUGCUAGAAUAUGGCCAAACGUUCUGAAGGCUUCAAUUAGUAAUAGGAAUCCUGAAUCCUUCAAAAUAGAUGAGUCGUUUGUGAUACGUACUAUAGAGAGUAUUAUUGCUGGGAUAGUUCUUGAGAAGAUGCAUGAUGAAUCGGUUUACAAACUUUACGAUACCUUUAUUCGACUUUGCUCUUGGGAUGAACCACAUCAAGCUCCAUUCUUGAAAGAGAUUUUACAAUAUUUAUCAGAAAUUUUGAACUCUGAGGAAUUUCAUAAUAAAUGCUGUAACGAAUAUGAUCAAGAAAAAUUUCAGGAAUACCGCUUCAAUCUUGUAAAGUCUUUUGAGUUAGCUGCUUGUUGGUGGUGCUGGGACGAUGUGCAUUCGAGAUACGUUUCAAAAAUUCUAUGGCCAUUGGUAAAAAAUGAAAAAGGAAAAGAUAUUCCUUUAGAGAUUAUUGGUGCAGUUUGCCGCCCAAGGUUGUCUGAAAAAACAGAAAAGGAGGGUGUGGCAGAAAUUAGGCGGCGAAUGACGAAUGCGUUAAAUCCACAUAGCCCUGUUCAAUCUGCACAAGUUUUGAUUAAGCUCGCUAACGGUGAUCCAAAAUAUUAUCGAGAUAUCCUGUCAUGGUAUUUGAGAUUGGAAAAUGACAAAGUACAACAGUUACCACGAUUAUUUAUUAACGAUUUAGAAUAUAUGCGUUCUUUUUCAUGA